AUGACCCUGUCAGGCAGCGGCAGUGCGAGCGACAUGUCAGGGCACACGGUCCUCACAGCAGAGGAUGUCGAUAUUGAUGUGGUAGGAGAAGGAGACGAGGGCAUGGGAAAGGACAGCGACUCUGAGAGCCACGCCACCCACGAUCAGGGAGAAGAGGUGGAGGAGAUCGGGGCAAGGGAAAUCGCGGAAAGUCCUUCCGCUAUCUGCCAGCCUUCCUCGGAGGGAGAAGUCGCUAAAUCGGAAACUCAGGAAAGUGGCUCCUCGAGCGGCAACAACGUCUCCAAACCCAAGAACAGUCUGGUGAAGCCACCUUAUUCGUACAUUGCGCUCAUCACCAUGUCUAUCCUGCAAAGUCCCCAGAAAAAGUUAACCCUUAGUGGAAUCUGUGAAUUCAUCAGCAACCGUUUCCCCUACUACAGGGAGAAAUUUCCAGCUUGGCAGAACUCUAUCAGGCACAACUUGUCCCUGAAUGACUGUUUUGUGAAGAUUCCCAGGGAGCCUGGUAAUCCGGGUAAGGGGAACUACUGGACGCUGGAUCCACAGUCUGAAGAUAUGUUUGACAAUGGGAGCUUUCUCCGUCGGCGGAAAAGGUUCAAGAGGCAGCCGGCGGACCAUCUGAGAGAGCAGACUGCCCUCAUGAUGCAGAGUUUUGGAGCUUAUAGCCUGAGCGGUCCUUACGGGCGUCCCUAUGCUCUGCAUCCCGCCUCCUACUCUCAUCCCGCCGCUCUUCAAUAUCCCUACAUCCCCCCCGUGGGUCCUAUGCUACCCCCAGUUGUCCCACUCAUACCGUCCAGUGAACUCAACAGGAAAGCCUUUAAUUCCCAGCUCAGUCCCAGUCUCCAGCUCCAACUCAGCAGCCUGAGCUCCACAUCCAUUGUCAAAACGGAGCCCACCAGCAGACCCUCCUUCAGCAUCGAGAACAUUAUCGGAGUGACAAGCACGUCGGGCAGCUCACAAACUUUCCUGCGGCCGCCAGUAACCGCUCAGUCGGCUUUGGUCAGUCCCCAGCCCUUGUCCUUAGCGAGAACCACGGCUGCAAUCACCCCAAUCCUCAGUGUCCCCACGAACAUAAUCUCCGGACAGUUCUUACAGUCAGCAGCUUCGGCCGCCGCAGUGACCAAAUGGCCAUCUUAA